AAUCCCUAAUUACAGCCAAACCAAGACAUCGGACACCGGAGAUGAACUCAAUAGCGAGGCAAGUAACGUCUCUCUUCCGGUCGUCGAGUCACUCACUCAACUCGCUGUGUCGAGAUGGUCGCCAGAUUCAACAAUGGCGAGGGAUACGGGUGAAGGUAAUGAACGGCAACCUGGAGCAGGCGCUUAGGUUUAUGGACGGCAACAUGAAAUCGGGCGGGAUUGAACGAAUGAUAAAGCGUGUGGAGACUCGCCACAUCAAGAACUCAGAGAAGCGCAUAUUGGCGCAGAAGAAUCUUCAGCGCAGGCUCCAGUCCCAGGAACUCUCUCGCAAGCUCAAGUCCAUCCUCAUUAGGAAAGUCAGGGGUCUAUGAAGUUCCAGAGAAAUUCUGUUGAUGGAGAAAGGACUUUAUAAGUUGUGCAGGUGGCCUGCUGUCAUUUUUGUAUUUCAGGGGUUAUGCUGCAGUUUAUUCUUUUCUGUUUGCAUGGUUUGGCCACUAUAACGUCUGGCCAGAGAUAAAUUGAGGUUAAAUUUAUGCAAGUUUGGAUGACUCCAUGGCAUUGUAACUCUCGAGUGAUCAGUGAUUUUUUCCCCUACCAUUGA